GCCGUCGGCGAGGCGGGCACGCCUCAUGAUGUCUUGCAGCAGCCCUGGGACUACGUUCUGCAGGGCAUUGACUACGACAUCGCAGGCAGGCGCGACAAAGUUGGCCCUGGAGCCAACCGCUUCGUCGGGCACCACGGCCCCCCCAAGGUGAAGUGGCGGCAGCUGCGGCAGCUGCAGAAGACGGCCAAUGUUUUCUACGACAUCCUCUGCUUCCUGAGCUCUAUUGUCGGGCAGGAUCAAGUCCUAACCAACAUCGGCCCCUGCUACCGCCAGCUCUUCCCGCGCGGGCUGGACGGGCUGACUGCGGAGGACUUUGAUUACAUGGUAGAUGCCAUCGUGGGCCGUGCGGAGUACCUCACUGCAGCGGCUCGCGGCGCCUCGGAGAGAUCCUGGCGCAGCUGGGCGCAGGCGGCCUUCAAUGGGGGAGCGAAGGCUGCCCAUGCUGCAUCCAAGGUCAGGGCGCAGCAAGAACUCGUUGCCCCUGAGACCGACGCCAAGCCAUACAUCCUCGCGGACCGCACCGUGGACGAGUGGAAGCGGAUCUGGGCGACCCAUGGGCUGGAAGAGCUGCCUCUACCCACGGAUGCACCUACGUGGGAGGAGCUGCCUAGCCUGACGGUCCAUGACCUACGGCAGGCCAUCCGAUCUUUCUCUCUCGUCAACGCCUCGGGGCCCACCCGCAUUCCACCCAAGGCGCUCGAGCACUUAUCGGAUGAGGCCCUCAGUAGGUUGGCCCAGAUGUUCAAGGUCUUUGGGCUGCACCUACG